AUGGGACAAUACAACACGAUGGAUUUUCUCGGAAAUGUCACGGGGGGGCCACAUGCCGCUGCGGCUGAAGCUCUCGCUACCUUUUCCUCGUCUGUCGGUGAUUCGGCCAAUAACUCUAACCUCUAUGUGCAUGUGCCGUCAUCGCCUCAGAUUCCAGUGCCCCAGGCCCCUGUCACACAGGCGCCCCCCCUGCAUGGCCCGCCUUUUCUUUGCCCCACUUGCAACACUUCGUACUCACGUCUGGAGUACCUUCGCCGCCACGAACGGCGCCACGCCGACAUCCGUCCUUUUUCGUGCCCAUGCGGGAAAUCUUUCUCUCGCAGUGAUGUGUUGGCCCGUCACAAGACCAAGUGUCGCGUCGUACUCAGCGGUGAGGCCCAAGCGUCGCCGUCCAGCAACAGUUCGUCAACAAAGACAGAGCGCUCACAGCGCAAUGUGUCACGCUCCACACGUGGCCGCCCCAGCACCCAGUCACGGCCACGCAGCGACAGAGACUCUUUCAGCGAUCUUUCAGUCGACCCUGCCCUCUCCGGGACUGCGUCCGUCGACCCCUCUAUGCAGCCGCCGCCACCGCUUGAGCCAGGCGUUCCCACUCACGGUGAGGGCGAAGAAGGCUCGUACGCGUAUGCCACCUCUGCACCUGCGGCGUACCCUCCGCAUAUCCCGCAACCGCAACACGUGGACAGCGAUUACGUGCAUGCAAAGACGGCGGCGCACUAUGCGCAGCCUCCCAGCAAUGCCCAUGCUCCAAUGCCUGUGCGCAUGCAUGACAGCAAGGUGUAUUCCCACAGUGCUCCGCGCACAGGUAGCGCACCCUAUGUGAGUGGGGCCUCGGCCAUCCAUCCAGAGCUGUCGGCGCGUGGGGGCGCUGCGGGCAUGUACAGCAGCCCGCAUCAGACAUCCGGCGCUAGCAGCCCCAGCCCGACGGCUAGUGGCUCUGGUGCUUACUAUCCAUCCCCGUCGCACAUGGGUGAGCAUAGCUCCGCGGCCCAUUACGAGGGAGCAAGCAGUGUAGGCACGCAACCGCCUACGACAAGCAAUGCCAUGUACCCCCACAGUAAGGACUUGUCGGGCCGGUACGGCAUGUCCUCUGCCAGUGCACUGUCUCCCUUUUCGAACACGGCGCUGAGCUCGAAUGUGUCGCCGUAUCUGUCUGCGUUCUCAUGUGCACGCGAUAUGCCGGCACGCGUCUCGAGCCCGCGCCUCGGCAACUCGAAUGGGAGCAGCUCGCAAGGUGGCCAGUCUCCUGCGACCUCAACUCAGCCGGCCUUGAAUGAGCAAGCGGCAUCGCAGCCGCCGUCAACGCAGCCGCAGCCUGAUGCGUCGCAGUAA